AUGCAGACCUCAGCGGUCCUAACCGGCGCGGCAGUGCGCCGAACUGCCGCGGCCUCUGCCGGCAGCGAACCUCGCACUAAGUUACCGUUUCUUAUCAAUGUGGUCAAGAAGGCUCAGAAGUCUGCCAACACCACAGCGGCAGCAACACCUGCGUCCUCCUCGAUAUCGGCGUCGUCGACCGAGCCGUCCAUCCUGGCUGCCGCCUUCAAGCCGUACCCGCUCCUGCCCUCCGGCGAGACCAAGCAGGCCGCCGGCAGCUCCCUCCUGUACAAAGACGACGCCUGCGUGCUUGUGAACGACGCCUUUCCCAAGUCGAUGGUGCACUGCCUGGUCAUGCCGCUCGACCUUCGCCUACAGUCUCUCAACGCACUGAACAAGAAGGAUGUCCCGCUCCUGCGCCACAUGAUGUACGUAGGGGAUGCGUAUGUUCGCUACUUAAAGACGACAGCCCCUCACACCUACAAGGCGCGCCGGUUCAUUGCGGGCUUCCACGCCCUUCCCUCGCUGCCCAUGCUGCACCUCCACGUGCUUUCAAUGGAUCUGGAUAGCCCCUGUCUCAAGCACAAGAAGCACUACAACAGCUUCGCUACGUUUUUCUUUCUUACGAGUGACCGCGUUCUGGAUGACCUGGAGCGGCACGGCCGGGUGACGCUGAACCAAGAUGUCGUCCACCUUCGACAGAUGGAGGAGGGGGACAUGAGGUGCCUGUGGUGCGGCACCGCACUGGCGAACGUGCCCGUGAUGAAGUCGCACAUCAAGAGCUGCCCGCAGAACAACGCUUUGGAGCAGUCUUCUUAG